AUGCUACGAACGCUAGUUUUAGGGCUAGCCGCGGCGCUGAUACAAACAGCCGCCGCCGACACCGUCCACGAUUCCGAAACAGGGUUGACCUUCUCCUCGGCCUUCCAGCUCUACAAAUCCGGCGGCCACGGCAUCACAUUCCGCGUGGCCAUCCCAGACGACGCCCAGAGCAACGCCGCCUACGAUGCCGUCGUUCAAGUGAUCGCGCCCAGCGACGUGGGCUGGACCGGGCUCGCCUGGGGUGGUUCCAUGCCGAAGGACCCGCUGCUGAUAUCCUGGCAGGGUCCCAGCGGUCCUGUGUUGUCGUCUCGGUGGGCUAGUGGCCACGUCGCCCCAACCUCCUACACCGGCGCGCAAUACACCCUCUUCCGGACAGGCACUAAAUCCAACGGCACCCACUGGCAAUUCACCGCCCUCUGCAAGGGCUGCACAGCCUGGGACAGCUCGGGCUCAGGCUCAGGGCCGAUGCGCUACCUCAACCCGGCGGGCAGCAACCGGCUCGCGUUUGCCUACUCGCCUACAAAGCCCUCUGGCUCGGCAGAUGCGAAUAUUGCGGUGCACGAGGUGCAUGCGUAUUGGUCGCAUGAUUUUGCGCAGGCGAGGAAUGCGGACUUUGCGGCCACGAUCCAGAGGUUGGUGGGGGCGUGA